CAGAGUUAGUUAUUACUUUCCCACAGACACAAAGGUUGAAGGAAUUUUUCGAACAACAACAAAAAUCGGAAGUCUUGAAUUCCACAAGAAACGUUCGAGGCCUUUUUCAGUGAUUAUAUUUGAUUUAGGGAGAGAUAGGAACCAUUAGCGCAAUCGCCAUGAACACCGUUGAGGAGGAAUGCAGCAGCCUCACCUAUGGCGCCACCAAGAGUCCGGAAGCCGAGCGGGAUCAGGAGCAGACUCAGCUCCCAUCGCCAUCCCAGCUCCAGACCACUCCACCGCAGACAGGGACUCGCAAGCGGAAGGACACUCCCAUCCGCGUGCGCGACAUGAUCAACCUGUACAACUUCGCCACGCAGAAGAACCAGGAACUGGAGCACGCCAAGUCCAUUUACUUCGGCACCAGCUCAAGGUCGGAGGAGGACGAGGUGGCGGAUCGCGAUUACGAGAGCAGCUGCUGCAACAUGUCGUUGGAGGAGGAGAGGGAGAAGGGCGCCCUUAACGGAGGAGACGGCCAGUGCUCGAUGCGCCAUGAGAAUCCGGCUAACAACAACGAGGUGGAAAACACCUACCAGAGCAAAACCACCAUUCGACGCACAAAUCAGGGCGUGCGCAUUAUUAUUGACAUUUUCUUUGAUAAGAAGGAUAGUGAGAUAGACAUCGUGGGCAGCCGCGUGGAGACGGACAUCCCCGAGAGCCGCAUCCUGGCGGACUUCCAGCAGCAUUCGCUGGACAUGAAGAGCCAGGAGCAGAAGCCGGGGGUCCAGGAUGGACCGAGUGCUCAGUCCACUUAGGCGAGCCCUAGAUAGCCAGGAGAUAACUAUCUAAAUUCCGGGUUACAACGUGCAUACACAGCGUUUUACAUGUUAUUUUCUUUAUUUUUGACAGCAGCAAACAAAAUACGACAAAAAUAAACUAUCGAUUGACUCUCGACA